AACAUACCGGGGACGUGAUUGCUGGCCUGGACUCUUGCCUUCUCCAGCUUCGAUUGUGCUUCGAUCGGACCCCCAUAUCGCCCAAAAGACGUACGACAACUCACUCCGACGCCAAUCUAUUCAACCGAAUGUGAAAAGCCCACGUGGAUAGCUUGCCAUCAUGAGCUCCACCAAGUCCUCCCCAGCAUCCCUGUUCCAGGUCUACCUCCGCCUGCGGCCCCCGAUGGCCCAGCACGUCCAGGAUCAGGCCGAACGAUGCUUGACAGUCGAGUCGCCCGGAACAAACGUCAUUGUUGAAGAUGGCCUCGAGGCACCGGCCUCAUUCUCUACUCAUAUCACUCUGCAGCCGCCCGUCGACUCCAGAAAGCGUGCAGUUGAAAGGUUCGGUUUCACCAAGGUGUUUGAAGAGUCGGCAUCCCAGCUGGACGUCUUUCAUGGCACUGAACUGGAGUCUAUGGUUCGUGGGGUGCUGCUUGAAGGCAGGGAUGGCCUUAUUGCGACGUUGGGCGUGACGGGUAGCGGAAAGAGCCAUACAAUCCUGGGCUCGAAGACCCAGCGAGGAAUUACGCAGAUGAGCCUUGAUGUGAUCUUUAAAUCUUUGGCCUCAACAAUCAGGCCACUCGACAAUUCUAUCAGCCCUCUUCUCCUCUCCACCGUGGCCGCCUCAGACGUAUCCGAGUCCCAGAUGUUUACAGCACCGACGUUUCUCGAGGCCGUAUAUGGUGACCCCACAGAGCGUGGAAGAAGUUCUAGAGCCCAAACCCCAAUGAGCACUGGAAGGGCCAACACCCCUAUGACGGAUCCCAUGCCGGCUAUUAUCUUCCCUCGUCGCAAUAUGCCCCAACGUCCUGGCAAUGCGCCCCGCUCGCCAGAUGUCAGUCACCUCACCAUGGAGCUGAACCCGCAUUCAGAAUAUGUUGUGCUAGUGUCGAUGUACGAAGUUUACAAUGACCGCAUCUUUGAUUUGCUGUCACCUGCUGUAGCACCUGGCCAGGGGAGCACUAUGUCUCGCCAGGGAGGAAAUGCGCAGAAGGACCGACGAAAGGCACUGUUCUUCAAAUCCACGGAAGGCUCCCCUGAUCGCAAGAUUGUCGCAGGACUGCGUAAGAUUGCGUGCAGCACCUACGAAGAAGCCUUGUCAGUGCUCGAAGUAGGCCUUACCGAGCGCAAGGUUACAGGAACCGGUGCCAACAGCGUCAGCUCCCGUAGUCACGGAUUCUUCUGCCUAGAAGUCAAGAGAAGAAUGCGGAACAAGCGAACUGGUGAAGAAAUGUGGAUAGGCAAUACCCUCACAGUAGCAGAUCUUGCUGGUUCCGAGCGCGCGCGAACUGCGAAGACGGCUGGCUCGACUCUUGCCGAGGCCGGCAAAAUUAAUGAGAGCUUAAUGUAUCUUGGACAAUGUCUUCAGAUGCAAAGUGACAUUCAGGACGGGAACAAGGCGGCCAUGGUUCCGUUCAGGCAAUGCAAGCUUACGGAGCUACUCUUCUCGAAUUCUUUUCCAUCUUCCAAUCAGACGUCUGGUUUUAAUCGCCGCCCACAGAAAGCCAUCAUGAUUGUGACCGCCGAUCCUAUGGGAGAUUACAAUGCCAACUCACAGAUUCUGCGCUACUCGGCAUUGGCUCGUGAAGUUGCCGUGCCCAGAGCCCCUUCGAUUGCCGAAUCUAUCUUGUCUAGCACGCUGGGGUCUCGUCAUGGAUCUACCAGUGGACGCAAUACUCCGAGCCCCAGCACGAAUGAAGAGCUCGAGAAGGCUGCCGUAGAGAUCGCGAGACUGACGGCCGAGACUGAAUCUCUUGCCGUAAAGCUGGCCGAAGAGGAGAUUCUGAGGGCGGACGUCGAGAUGAGAUUGAAGGCUAGCGAGGAGAGAUGCAUCCUGAUUGAACAGGAGGUGCGCGAGGAAUGCUGGAAUGAAAUGGACGAGCGAAUGGAAGAGGAGAGAAAGAGGUGGCAGAGUGCCUGGGAUCAACAGGCCGGGUUUAACGACGAGCAUCUGGACAAGAAGAUCGAAAUCGUGUCCCGAGGAUUCCAGAUUCACGAAGAUCCUCAGCCAUCCUCAAAUGAGCGGAUCGAGGAUCUCGAGUUCGAAAACGACCAGCUCCGCAGCAAAAUUGCUACCUUAGAGCGCGAGCUGACGUGUCGGUCCCCUACCAAGAAGCCCAGGUCCAAAAAUACUCUCGAGACUUCUCGCAACUCUAACAUCCUCGGACGCGAGAGUGACAUCGAGGGCGCACUUAAACGCAUGGACCAGCUGAAGCUUGCAGACAGCAUGUUCUCUCCAGUCCCGCAGACCAGUUCCCCUGGAAAGAGGCAGAGAAAGAUGGCGACUCGGAAAUGGGACCUGGCUCCCGAAGAAGACAUCUAAGUCAUCACUGCGGUCUCUCUUCUGUUGUGAUUUCACAGGAUACCUUAAUUGUGCAUGAUUAUGGAUUUUACGGUCGGAAAAGGGUGUAUUGGGUGUUUUGGCUGAUUAUUACGGGGAUACCAUGGUUUCUUCAUGUUGAUAAUCAUAAUAAUCUCUAUGAUACAUGCAUGAUUCACAC